AUGGCGUCUCCUUUCGCGUUUCGUCUUGGCGUGAAAAAUGCCGGUAGAUUAACAAACCUUUUUUCGUUAACACCAAAGGUAUGUCUUUUUUAUUCACUUAUUAUCUAUCAUCCUUUUUGUGUGUUUCCUGUGAACUCUUACUGUCUUUUGACGAUUCUAAAUAACAUUGAUCGAUCUUAUGUCAUGAUCAUCCAGGGUAAAGCCGGCGUAUUGGCCUGCAAACGGUUUGGGUCAACUGCUCUUUCAUAUGAACAGGUAAACGUCUUCCUUGUUCUUAAAAAAAAUGCUAUAAUUGUGUUUAAGACCUCAGAUUAUACCGAGCUGGCAAUCAAACUAGUAAUUGUGGGAUGAUGAAAUUGACUUGAUUGUAUAAAUUUAUGCUUAAUAGACCAUUUUACAGUUGUGGACUUAGUACCCUAGAAUUCGAGUCAACGUGAGGCUGACGGUGACCUUGUUUUGAAACAAACCUCCUUUGCUUUGUUAUGGAAAUUGUCCUUGAAAAAUUCUAGUUGGCAUAAACUUGAUUUACAAAAUAAAGCAAUAAGGUUUGUAUCAAAACAAGGCAACCAUCAGCCUUGCUUCCAUCCAUAACUGUUUGGCCUAUUGUAACACUGAUUUUCCGCCGGGUCUUUUCUGGAACUGCCAAGUAGGUGAAUGUAAAUAACCUUGGUGAGGUACAAAACCAGCAAAAGAUAAGACGUUUUAGUAUUUUGAGCAGUGUAUUUCACUUUAUGGCCACAGAAUGAUCAAACCAUUAUUCUUCACUCAAAAAUAUAGCUUCAAGAGUUAUAGUUGUACUGGUAGUAAGAGUGUCUGUCUAUUUAAAUCUCUCAUAAGCAAGUAGAAAAUGAUCACCUGUUGUACCAUCCUCACAGAUAAAAAAUCUUUCCCUGUUCUCUGAAGAAAAUUCACUGAAAUUCAGGUCUCCCAAAUUAGACUUUUUCCCCAGGGAGGACCCAAGACCUCUGCCCUGGAGGGAGGUGAUUCACCCUUUCCAUAUAUACCCCCACAGGCGAGACGUUUUCUAUCUAAUCUAUUACUGCCUUAUGUACAUUUGUAUGGAACUAUUUUCUUAUUCUUUGUUGAAUGUUCUGGAGAACAUUGAUAGUUAUUUGGAUUCAAACCAUAAUUAAUUUGUUGCUGCUUUUACAGUCUUUGUACAAUGUUCCUGAGACUAAAGUCACAGUUCUUCCUAAUGGAAUGAGAGUUGCUAGUGAAGAUUCUGGACUGUCUACAGCAACGGUAGGUUUUGGCAGAGUAUAUUGUACCAGUUAAUUUGUCCUUAAGUUGAAAAUGUAAUGCUGUGGUGUAUUUGGGCAAGUUGGUGCCUCACCUAUUUCUACAGCUUAUUCCGUUAAGUACCAAGAGUUCAACUAACAUCGAUUUUCUGCUAACAAUGUCAAUAGAUAAUCAAGAGAGAGAGUAAUGAGAAUUAAUGAAAUGAUCACAAGUGGGAAAGUGCGUUGAUUCUCUUUUACCAAAUUCUCCCAACCAACUCUUUAAGGAAAAGUAUGGAGAUCACUCUGGUGAAGUUGUAUGUGGAUGUUGGGACUCACAUGUAAAUGGUUAAAGCAGCUAAGGGUAUUGCUACUUGCCUUUGGAAAGAAUGUUAUUUCAUUUGAUUAGAUUUGUCAAUUCUUGGUAAUUUAGUGGUGUGCUGAUCAUCGAUUAUGAUCGGUCUUUGAUCAAAAUCUUUAAGUGAUGGGAUGACCAAUAUCAUGGAAAAUGUUCAAUUUUUAUUGAUUAUUGCAGAAAAAAUAAAAUUUCUUCUUGGCAAAUAAGCAUACAUUUUGUAUUAAUUGGAAACUUGUGUGUUGUCUUUUAAAAUAAUAAUCUCAUAAUUAAAGAGGAAAGAGAAUUUGAUUACCCAAAAGCACAGAAAAAAUGCUGAGCUCAGUGGUCCAUAGUCAAAAGACUAAAAAAGCUCGUAUUUCAUGUACUUUAACUUGCGCAAAGGUGAAAAAUAGAUGGAAUUCAUACACUGUAUAAAGAGAUUUUCUGAUUGUAAUCGAUGGUUCAUUGGGGAGUGGGUAGACCAAUCCGAUUAUUUCAGAUAAUUGAUUAUGAAAAUCUCAGUUGAUUCCCAACACUACUUGACCGGGUAACCACAGCAGCAUGAAACUACUCUGUAAUUAUAGUGGUUCUGUGAUGUCUCUUAAAAGUCGUUGUUAUACAACUGUAGGUUGGUCUUUGGAUUGAUGCUGGCAGCCGAUUUGAAACAGAGAAGAAUAAUGGAGUUGCUCAUUUCCUUGAGCAUAUGGCAUUCAAGGUAUUAUUGUCUGUUUGGUACAUUAUUAAGUUAAAGUAAAGUUUCCUUUGUGCAGGCUUAUGGGGGAGUGAAUAAUUGCCUAGGUAAACAAUAAUGUGUUAUUGACCAAGCAUGAUGUCGAAUAUUGAAUAUUGGCCAAGUUCCUUUUUUGUGCUUUUAUGGACCAAGAUGAAAUCGAGGUCAAUAACACUGCAAAAAAAGAAGGAGGCCAAUAUCAAGCCAUUUUGAGGGUAUAACAGGGCGCAAAGAAAAUCAUUUUUACAGCUUGCCAUUUGGGGAAGCUGAAGCUAGCAUUUACUAACCCAGAAGUCAUUUCAACUAGCCCCAAAAACUUUUUGACUCGCAGAAUUGAUUUCGCAGUUCUUCUGUUAUUAGAAUUCCUCAAAAAACAUCACUUAUCCGUCGGGCAAGUUAAAAACAGAAUUCACUAGCCCAAUAGCAAAAUCCACUAGCCCUGGGCUCUCGACACUACUUUCUUUGCACGCUGGAACCAGCCUGGUCAAUAAGGGAUUUAUUAUAUGGCUACAGAAGAAAACUUUUCCCUACAGAACUGAUGUGGGAAAUCCUGAGCGGGCAAGAUGGGCCCAUCUUGCUCGCUUGCAUAGCCAAUCAGAACUCAGGAUUCAUUAUUUUCAUCUUGCCCACUUGAGAAUUCAUCCAUUAUGAUAAUCUAUGACAUUGACCACUAAGCUUAUUUUUUCAAGAUAGAAUAUUGGUCAAGUCCUUUUUAUGAUCUUACCGGACACAAGGAGGUUAAGGUCUUCAAAUUGCACACACAAAAAAACUGAAAUAAACUUAGUAACUGAAGAGAUUACACCACUUCAAGAACAACUCAUCUUUUCCUCUUGUGGAUGCAAAGCAAGGCAUGCAGUAAUAAACAGUAGACAAGGAGGAGUAGUUUCCAGAGUUCGAAACUAGCAACAAAACUGUCUAGUUUUUUACGUUACCACAAACUACCUUGUACGUUAAAGCCAAGGCAAUUUUUUUAUCAAUGAGAAUUUUAUUUCAGGGUACCAAGAAUCGUUCUCAAACAGAUCUUGAAUUGGAAGUAGAAAACAUGGGAGCUCAUCUGAAUGCUUACACAUCACGUGAACAGACUGUUUACUAUGCUAAGGUCUUCAGCAAGGACAUUCCAAAAGGUAAAAAGUUUCAAGAGGCUGCAAGUUUUUUGGAGAACAUUUUCUCCAUGCAUUUAGGGAUACAAGGGUUUUAUUUGCUAUUUUUUUUUUAGUGUUAAUUUUAACAAUAACGUACAAAUGUGUAUGUGUACUUGAAAAAAUGGGAAAAGUGACCUUCUGUUCACAACGGCCUUUUCAAUGCAUGCCCUCAGUUCUUAGAGCCUUGGUGCUACAUGCUACAGAUGCUACAUGUAAUGCAGUGUAAUUAAUUAAAUUAAUGUUGUGGAAUAUUACAGCUGUUGACAUCCUAGCAGACAUCAUUCAGAACUCAACUCUUGGUGAGGCUGAGAUUGAGCGAGAGCGGGGUGUGAUCCUCCGUGAAAUGCAAGAAGUUGAUACACAGUUAGAGGAAGUUGUGUUCGAUCAUCUUCAUGCCACAGCAUACCAGGGUACCCCGCUUGGUAGAACCAUUCUUGGUCCUACCCACAAUGUCAAGUAGGUGCAAUUUUUUAUAGAGUUUAUUUUCAGUGGACUGCUUACUUUUUAAGGGUGGCCUAGUCUAAGAAAACAGCCGACAACUCGCGACGCCACCAUUUGUUUCCCUGCGAAAUGACAUCUGAGGUGACAUGUAUUUAACUUACUGUAUUUAUUCGAAUAAGCGCCCAACCUUGAAUUAGCGUCCACCUCGAAUAAUUGCCCAUCCUAACGGCAGAAAAAGUUAAUAAGCGCCCACCCGCACCCCACCCUCUACCCCCUCCCACCCCCAAAAAAAUGAAUAAGAGACUUCCCCGAAGACGUAGUUUUCUUCAGAGUAUUUUACAGAAACCUUGCUUUGUUACAUCGUCGCCUUUUGUUAUUACUAUUUUUUGUUUUGUUGCAAAAUAAACAUACUGAACUUGCUGAAAAUGGUGAAAAUUUAAUAAGCGCCCACCCUCGAUUAUACGCCCACUCUCAAGGUCCAAAAAUUUAAUAAGUGCCCAGGGUGGUUAAUCGAAUAAAUAUGGUAUUAACUUAAUAUUAUGUCAUCUGUCGGGUCAGGAAGUUGUCUUUGUCGCGUCAUUGACCUGAGACCCGUCUCUUUACUGGAAUUCUGCAAGGGAAACCAAUUGCAUUAUUGAACGGAUAGAGAUUCACCCAGUGGAUAGAGUUAUCCACCAUUUGAACAACUGGACCUAGGACUUUUUCAAGCUGUGUGUAUAACCUGUUGGUUUCAAUUUUACUUUGUAGGACUAUAACUCGUGAUGAUCUUGUUGAAUACAUCAGCAAACACUACAGUGCCCCAAGAAUGGUACUGGCAGCUGCCGGAGGUACUUCAUGCAUUCUGCUUUUUCUUUCUCCAGUAGUAGUUUUAGACUGUCUUACAGUCAAACCAGGUCAAGCGUUCCCGUCGCUAACGAACUAAUGAAUUCAUUCACGGAAAAAUGAUUUCGUUUGUCGAUUCAAUAAUCCAUUCAUAAAAUGAACAAUCCAAUAGUCAUAUUUAGCCUCGAUUCCAUAAUCAAAUGUUAAUUCGAUUACUGUUUUUUGAAAAAUUACACUUUCCACAAGUUGACCUCAGAAUUUUGUUUUUUCCUCUUUUUUUUCUGAGAGUCGAGUGCUGGCGAGUUCUGAAGUUCAAACCCAAACAAACUGUUACAUGUACGCCAGUUUGCUGCCAAUAAUCAGUGCAACAGACCUAGGCCUGACCUCUUAGAAAACACGACGGUCAAACUGAGGUCAGUGUAUGUGCGGUGAUUGGUGGAUUUUGAUCCUCGGCCUUUGUCAGUUUCUUUGCGUUUGCGGUCUGUCUAUUCUAGCUGUUAUUUUGAUUAAAGGCAAUGAAAAACGCAAUCGUAAACGGCAGGAAAAGGGACGCAAAUACGAUUGAACACAACAGACAAGAAUAAAGAACAGGUAGAUUUUGUUCAUAAACCAAAUCAACAUUUGAUUAUUGAAUCGAGGUACAAUUUGACCGUUGGAUUAUUCAUUUUAUGAAUGGAUUAUUGAAUCAACAAACGAAAUCAUUUUUCCAUUAAUGAAUUCAUUAGUUUGUUAGUGACGGGAACGCUUGACCUGGUUUGACUGUAAAGAGAUCUUUAGACAUAACAUAGCUUAACAAGUCCAUUGCAUACUUGCACAGCAAUUUAUUCUGGCUCUGCUAUACAACCAGACAGGGGACCUUUUUGAGAUUUGAGUUUCAUCAUUUGAGGAUAAUUAUCCUUGCAUAACUAGCAGUUUCCAGUGGAAAGUGAAGUGCUGUGAGUAAAGCAUGACAUUUCAAAUGGUUUGAAUCAGCUACAAUUUCUUUUGAUUUUUGAUAUUUGCCAUUAACAGUGUCAAGUAACUCAGCAUGUAACGCAACACUACACGUAGGUGAAAAAAGUGUGUUUAUCAAGCUAAAAUUGUAUAAAAGUCCGUGAGAAUAAAUCAGCAUAUUAUUUGUCUGAAACCUGUCCACAAUAAGGUUUAGAGCACGUGAGUGAUGGAGUAAGUGAACGAGUGAAUUUCCUAUCAAGUUCAAUAUUAAACUGGUUUGUUAUGCUUCGCGGGCGUAUCAAAUCAUUUUCAAUCUUUGCUUCUGCCUUUUAUCAAACAUUUUACUACCAAGGGGAGAAUAAACCUUGUUACACGUCCCAGAAACGUCUUAAUAAAUAAAGCAAUUUAUCAGUUAGCUUAAAUAAAUCCAACAAAGCCUGGCUGAAUACAAAUUUGGCCAAAACACCGAAUUAAAUAUUUACCACAGAGUUCCAGGAAUUGCUUCAAAUAUUCUAAGAAACAUAUCGCUUCAAUUCACAAUAAUUUUUUACCUUCAAUUGCAUUCAUACUCUUUGCUUGCAAAAACGUGGCUUUCUACACGAAACAGGAUUUCUUCACCUCAAGUUUUCCACAGCCCACUUUUUCAACAUUUGAGUGUUCUAGAGGAUACAGUAUUUACUUUUUCCUUUCGAAUGUAAUUUUGAAUCGAUUGGCUGCAACCAAAAGGGCCUGGAUUCGAGGGCCAUGAAAUUGAGGCAAAAAAGGUGAUGUACAUACAUACCUUUAAACAUAUUUACAUCCAAAAAUUUCAAAUGAGGCCGGCUUCGGGAAACAGGUAACCUUGGCUGGUCAUACACGACCUGAAUUAGCCCGCAGUAAAGCCAGUUAUAAUUAUUAGUCAUUAACUUAACUGUGCACUGUUACAGUAGAGUACUAAAACUUACAACAUAUAUUGGUAUCUGUCUUCACCACAAUUUUCGUUACAAUGUAACCGUUCCUUACUUUACAUGUAUUUUUUCUCAACUUUGGGAGAAUUUGUUACAAACAGCCAUACCCUUAAUCAUGAGUUAAUAAUCAAGACCAAAAUUCUCCUUUUCCACCUUAUGGAAUUAGUCUCAAGGACUUUGGAGAAGUUAAGAAGUAUGGUACUAUUGUUCCCAGGUGUUGAUCAUGAUGCUUUGGUAAAGCUUGCUGAACAACAUUUUAGUGGUCUGAGAUCGACAUAUGAGUCACAAGAUAAGCUGACGCCAUGCAGAUACACUGGGAGUGAGGUAAAUGAAUGAAAUUGUCGCCAUUGGGAAAACCAUUUUAAUACAAACAGACACAUGUACAUGUCAGAGCUGCAAAUGACAAUUGGUCAUUGGACAAAGGGCGUUUUCAUGCUAGAGAUGUUAAAGUCAUCAUCUAGUAUAAAUGUGGUAAAAAACACAGAUUCAUUUAACGUCUGACAACAUUAACAUCUUCUCUUAAGUGUGUCGUUCAGACGGCAUGGACUGCCCUAACACAACGGGAAGAGUCAGAAUUGUGUAUUUUUUACAGAGAAUUCUGUCUUUUACAAUUUUGUCGUCUACUUUUUUGUGUUUCGUUCAGAUGUUAAAUACAUCUACAUGACUUUAAUGUCUCUAGCAUAAAAACGGCCAAUGUUCAACUAAAAUUUGCCCAUGUCUGAUGAAAUCAAUGCAUUUUUGUACUUAUGUAAAUGCUGGGAAGUGGAAGUAUCGGUACAUAGAUGUAAUAAUGUAUAUUCAAGUGACUUAUGUUACUCUCAUUUAGAGUUUCAAUCUCGUGAUCAUUUAAACAAAUGGAGAAUGUCAGGGAAGAAUGCAGAUUACUACCUUAGCUGGGCAAUGUUAUGUUAAUGUGUAGACAAGAAAAAAAAUGAUGUUUUGCAUUAGACAGUGCUAGGUUUAUGAUGGUGACUGCUUAAAGGAGAUUACAAAUUAAUGGUUGAAUGGUAAGGAUAAAACUAAGCUCAGUGAGAUAAUUGUGAUUUGUUAUGGGAUUGCAGACCACUUGCUUGCCUCUUCCUUCCUUCCAAAUAAACUCUUUAACAACUUGAGUUGCCAUAAAUAUGUUGCUCAACUUUGCUCAAUAAUAAAAUAUUAUUGUUUACCACUAUGCAUUUUGAAUUAUAAAAUUGUGUUUCUUGUUGACAGAUCCGUUUCCGUGAUGAUGACAUGCCGUUGGCUCAUGUUGCUGUUGCUGUAGAAGGCUGUGGCUGGACUCAUCCAGAUUACUUUGCUCUUAUGGUCACUAACAUGGUAAGAUAUUAAUAAUUUUCCCCACAAGACACUUAAAAAUUAUUUAUUUACUUUUUUGGCUUUGAGAAAGCCCAAAGAUAAGGCUUGUACUGUGUGGGCGUGCAUCCUCAAAUUCAGUGUAAUAAAUUACAAGAACGAAUGUAGCACCAGUUCUAGUAACAUCAAAAAUAUGUUAAUUAACACUAACAAUAUAUGUCACUAAUCAAAAUUAUCAGUAAUAACAAUAAUAAUAAUAGGUAAAUUAGAAAUAGAUAUUAAGGGCAACUAAGAAAUGCUCGGAAAAAAAAGAAGCGAGUCCCCAGCGGGAAUCAAACCCACAACCUUCCAGAUAGUGGGAGGACACUCUGACCAAUAAUUAAAUUGUUAUUAAAUUAUUAUUAGUGAUGAUAGAAGAUUUUAAAAGGGACAAAAGAUGAAACGAAGGAAGAAACAAAAUAUGGGGGUAGGGAAGAAAUUAGGGCAAGAAAAAUUUGUUGUUGUUUAUUACAUUAUUAUUACUUUUUUGCUGAAGGGGUUCAUGGGUUCUUACCUGUUUACCUCUCUUUGGUGAAUUACAUUGUAUACCUGCCAAGUGUCUCACCUAAGGCGUGAUUGUCACGCCUGUGGGUCGAAAACUUGGAUCUCCACCUACUCACACCUGUGUUCUGAUUUGUCACUCCUGGUAGAAAAGUUUGAGCCAUUACAGCAUUAAACUGACCCCUUUUGAAACAUAUAUUAAUUAUCUAAACAAACCUCAACCAAAGAGAGAAAAGAAAAGUCUAUGUGGAUUAUUGACUUUCUCCGAAUUCUCUUUGUUUAGUAGGGAAGUCAAUGUUCCUUUGUGUUCCUGUGUUCGUGUUAGACGGAACUCUUUGUAACAUCUUCGGAACGUCUUUGGACAUCUUCGGAUAUUAUCAGACCCCUAUGAAAAAUCUUGGCACUCUUAAGAUAAAAAAUGUCACGCCUAUAAAUGUAAAAAGGUUGGCAGGUAUAACAUUAUAAAAUCAAUACUUUAUAGUAAUAAACAAACACUUAACUUAAACUAUGUGCAAACCAAACUCCUACACAGUUACUUGUGACCUACAGCACCUGUACAUGUUUUUGUAAGCUUAGGCCAAUAAUGCUUUCUGUUUCACAAGACCUGUAUUUUAUAAACUUUACUUGUAAUGAUCCUGUCAUAUUAUAAUUGAUUUGCCUUUCAAUGUUUCCAAUUGACUUCUACCAUUUGGAAUAUUAUUUUUAAUUUUUAGCUGAUCGGCAACUGGGACAGGUCAUUCAGUGCUGGAAGGAAUAUCAGCAGCAAACUCGCACAGGUGGGGUAAUCACAACAAAACAUUUUUCCCGGGGCAAAUGCUGUAUCUGACAUGAACCAAAAUUAAUUACAGUUUGGGUUAACCUGUCAGCACCUGUUGGGUCAAAUGGCUGAAUUAAUUCAGCUGAACUUUAACCAAAAAAUUGAUCCAAAUACAGUCAGCUGAACUGAGCCACAAUCCUCGUCACAUAAUUUGAGUUGGGACAGUCCCCUUGCAACACCCAUAUUCCAACAAAAAGUUGUGUUCCUUCCCUCCCAGUGUUGAAUUUCAGUCUUCUGUGAUGCCAACUGGCAAAGACCAACAUUGGGAUUGCAGAAAAUAUUGUAACUGUCCCAACCAAUGCGACAAGUAUUGGGCACUUCUCAUGAGGUCAACUUGAAGUCUGGCUCAUGUGAAGUACAGCAAUAUUAACCCAGGCCCAGAUUUAUGUGCAUGUAUGGACAGUUUGAAUUUUCUUUAGUUAGUGAAAGUGAGCCUCUGCAACAUAACACUGACACUCUUUAUAAAUGGUUGAAUUUAGGGUCCUACUGACCGACCAAAACUUAAAACCACUUUGUACUGCGUAACAAACAGUACCACAGGAAACUACUGCUCAGUAGCUUUCAUUUGAAUGGUCAUACUUUAGAGUUACAUACAUCUGUACAGCAUACAUACUGCAAUAAACACUGACUGACCAAAACUUAGAACCACUUUGUACCGCGUAAUAAACAGUACCAUAGGAAAUAACUGCUCAGUAGCUGUCAUUUGAUUGAUCACACUUAAGGAUUACAUCAACAGACUCAACAGUUAGAACCACCUUGUACAGUAUAAUAAACAGUACCACAGGAAAUUACUGAGUACUAAGUAACUUUCAUUUGAAUGGUCACACUUAAGGAUUUAGUUGACAGACUCAAACAUAAAAUAUUUUUGUCAAACAUCUGUAUGAAUUUCUAACUAAUAUGGCUCAAGCAGUUGUUAGCUCAGUUAAGUCAUUGGUAUCAGAAACAUGACCGCAGCCUCGAAACGCAGUUCAUUUGUUUACUCUUAAAGGCAUACAGUGGAAGUUCCAGACCUUCAGAUUGGGGGAGGGGGGUGGAGAGGGCAGUCAUCCAGACCCUGAGAUAAGGGGGGGUGGUCUCCAAAAAAUUUUUUUCGGCCCUUCGGAUCUGGAUCCGCCACUGGCAUACAUGUAUGCGGUCCAAACAAGUAAACUUUUGGUAAUAUUUUUGUGCCACCUUAUUUGUAUUUGUGACUGCUAUACAAAGUGUUUCAGUGGAAAAACCUUAAGACAGCUGUUUGGCUCUCAUUUGCUGUGUUGUUUUUUGUCCACAUACGUAUUCCUUGACGUAUUGUCUUUGAAGACUCUGACGAUGAGGGGGUACAGACGAUUUUACACCUGUAGAUCUGGUUUAGAAAGUCUAACAGUCUGAAAUGUCACCCGUCUCAUAGCUCCACCCCUCCCCAAUGGGCAGCAACUCAUUCGAGCGGGGGGGAGAGUGACAAAUACAUGAAUAAUAACCAAAUAGAAAGUAAAAGUAUUUGUGUUUUUUGUAGGACAUGAUUAAACACAACUUGGCUCACAGUUUCAUGUCAUUCAACACGUGCUACACAGAUACAGGACUAUGGUUAGUAUUCCCCUUUGGAUAUUAUUUUUAGUGGUGGGGCCAAAUGAGGCGAUUCUGUGUUUCGGUUUUAAAGAUGCACAAUUACCCCAGAUAGGUUCUCAUGGAAAUGAGGUCAAAGAAGUGUCGGACGACUGGUUAAGAAAAAAAAAGAGUUUUCUUCUCCCUUCCCUCACUUGUAACCCCUAAUCAUGUAAGCUUGCUCAAAGGCAUGGCUUUUAUAAUGUGUACUAAUGUGUGUGUCGAUCAGCAUAGGUAUUCACUUUAACUUGCACAGUUUAAGUUGAUCAAUUAUUGUCGUUUUUACUUAACUUCUGCGCUACAUACAGUGUGGUCAAUCUUCUUUUAACUUUGUUAAGCUGCCUUUCAAAUGCAAGCAUCCCCUUAUUAAUAAAAUGAUGGUCAUAACUAAGCCUGCAGUACCCAACACAUAGCUGUUGGGCCUGGUUUCGAAACUGUAACCUAGCAACAUGCAGCGCAUGCUCAACAAAGAUCUUACUCAAUUCGUGUAAAGCCUUUCACGCCAGCUGGUUUCCUCCUCUCCUCCUAGUAACAAUAGGGAGGCAAAUGCUUUUGGAGUUGAAUUCUAGAGGACUGUAUCAAAGUUUAGGAAAAGAAAAAGGAAGUUGUUGUUUUGCUAAUAUAGACCUGUUCUUGUUCUUGUCCCCGUCGUCGUUGCUUACGGAAGCCAAGGAAUACCCUCUGUUUGCUUUCCUCCACAGCUUACUUAUUUAACCAAAACUUAACAUAAUAGUAUUUACCUUUUAGGGGAGUUUACUUUGUGUCUGAUAAAAUGUCCAUUGACAACACAAUAUACUGCAUCCAGAAAGAAUGGUAAGUGUUGAACAUCUUGCUUUAUGCCCUGUUCAAUUCACCGUAAAUCCCCUAGGGGGCUUAUAUAUUUCAAGCUCAUUUGGUGGGGGCUUAAUAGAGACGUGGGGCUUAUUGAGAGAUGGGGUUUCUCUACACUUUCCUCCAGGAGUGAACAACACCGAUUUUUUUCCGAAACAGGAUAAAUAAUAAUAAUAAUAAUAAUAAUAUUAAUAAUAAUAAUAAUAAUAGAGAAGGGUCAGGCAGGACUUCCCUAGACUCGACAGCUAUAGAUGCUUUAUUAAUUGUCUUCAUUUUAUUUUAUUUUUUUAAACAGUUGAAAGAAACUUUUGAAUUUUAGAGGCUGACAGUUUCUUCUUUAUUGAAAUGAAAUGUUUUUAAUUCGAAUAAAUUUUUCUAAGCUAAAUUAAGUGCUUUUGAAAUCGACAGGAAUUGGAAAUAGUGUUUUGAAUGAAUAGUUUUUCUUUUUUACAAGUGAAUUAAUUGUAAUAAGUAGUUUCUUAGAAAUCGAUUUUGCGAUAAAUAUUAGCGAUAAAAAAUCACGACGUUUCGACCUCUCCGAGGUCAUUUUCAAGUGUAUAAAAGUUCUCUAAAUUAGCAUAGAUAAGUUAAAAGCAAGUUAUAAUAGAUAAAAAUGUGGUGAACGCUAAAAUGUGAUAAAAUAUGUAAAAAUGUAAAAAGUGCUAAAAAAAUAUUUAUAAAGUCAAAAAACAAUGGAAAUAAAACAAUGUUAACAAGAACUACUCUAAACAAAUAAUUUGGCGCGAAUUGAAUCGCACUUAACAAACAGUGCGAUUCAAUUCGCGCCAAAUUAUUUGGAGAGGUCGAAACGUCGUGAUUUUUUAUCGCUAAUAUUUAUCGCAAAAUUGAAUUAAUUGUAUAUAGGAUUUUAAUAGUUAGCAUUGUUGUCAAUAAAAUUUCUUCAUUAAUAAUAAUAAUAACAGCAAUAAUAAUAAUUUUAUAAAUAAUAAUAAUAAUAACAACAAAUAAAAUGAUCAGCAAAGGGAUUUCAUCUUUUAUCGAAUUCUAUAACUUAUUCUUCAAAAAAGAAUAAGGAGGUCAGUUCGAGUAAUUUGUAUGAGGAUCUUGGGGCUGCAAGGGCUUAUGCACUUAUUUCUCUUUUCCAGGAUGCGUAUAUGCACCAGUGUAACGGAUCACGAGGUGGCACGUGCUAAAAAUCUGCUGAAAACAAACAUACUUAUGCAGCUGGAUGGUAUGUAGCCACCUUUAUGCUGGUUUUCGUCCCUGAAAGCUUAAAUCGUUGCGCAGCAUGGAGUUUAUCCGUUGGUACAAAUUCAAAAAUUUGAGCCAAUGAGGAACAAGACCAGAAGUUUGUGAAAUUUAUAUUGCCGUUCCUCAUGUGCUUUUCCUGGCACUGUCCUUUACACUUUUGCCGCGCUUUUCAUCACUCGAACGCUUCUCUUCAAUACUAACAAUGGUUUUUUCUCGCGCUUUUCAUCAUUUGAAAGGUUGCCUUCAAUAACAGUGGUGUUUCCCCGCACUUUUCAUCAUUUGUACGCUUCUUUACGGUGUUUUACCGCGCUUUUCGUCAUGUGAACUCUUCUUUUCAAUAACAGUGGUGUCUGAACGCUUCUCUUCCACAUCAGCUGCGUUCGCUGCACUUUUCAUCGUUUGCAAAUUUUCCCGCUUUUUCUAUCAUUUACACUUUCCCUGUGCUUUGCUUACAAGUUUCACUCCCCUCCUCCCACCCCCCCCUCGUUUGGUCCCAGGUGCACCUUUCCGUUUUUUUCAUCCUUUGCGCACACUUCCCACAGUUUAAGUUUUUCUCGCGCCUUUUGUCAUUCACGCCUGUUGCAUCCUUCCCUGUACUUACAUUGUCAUAAAACUGCUGAAAUUAAAUUUCGAUGUUUAGCUUUUUUAGCCUGAGAAAGAAACGACACUUAGCGGCGCCAACACUGGUUUUCCCGCGACGGGGAAACUCGUGAAACAAAUUUUCAUCCAAUUAGAAGCACUACACAGAUAUGGGUAGUGUGACGUCAUCAGUAUGGAAUUUCUGCGCUCGUUCCUCAAACGUCAUUUCGCUGGGAAACCAGUUGUGGCGUCAGGAAAGGUCGGCUGUUUUCUAAGGCUUAGUUUUUUUUAUGCUAACUUAAUUCGUCUAACCUUUAUUCUAGGAUCCACUCCUAUCUGCGAAGACAUUGGAAGGUAAAUGUUUACAGCCUUUGUUGACGUACUGUACGCCAUCAUCAUCACCAUCAUCAUCUUUAUCCUUAUCAUCAUCAUCAUCAUCAUCAUCAUCACGUAAACUAAGGCGUGAAAAACCACUGCAAAAACCGUGUACGAUCAAUGUAGCUCAACGUUGGAUCGAACGAGAUCGUGAUCAGUCGAAAAAUUAAAGUCAAAAAGACUCCUGCAAAGACUGAUCAAACAACGUGAAAAAGGCUGAGGUAUACAAUAUUUCGACUCGCCAAUACCUGUCUUCAUCAGGUUUAUUAGAUCAUCGUAAUCACUUUCAUCAAAUGGGCGGAUCCCUUUUGAUACAGACGAAUAACUAAUUCCGUUUCUCACUGGAGCCUAUUGUUUAUUUUUUCACCAGACAAAUGUUGACAUACGACAGGCGUAUUCCUUUGCCAGAACUUGACAAAAGAAUUGAGGUAAGAUAUUACUUUUAUCCAUUUCCUUCCUGUUUUGAUUAUUUGUUUGGCUCCUACACAUUCUUACGAGUAGCUUGCCAGAAAGUUAUCUCGCCUAGGGCUCACUCCUUUCCGAGUUUGUCGUGCAAACCCAGCCCCUAGCCUAGUCCCACAGGCGAAUUUUCUUCUCACCAUGAGACUUUAAAUAAUGAGAUUUCCUUGCUUUUGUACAACUUAUGGCAAAACAAUAAACUGGAACUGAAUUCGGCUCGGUCAAUCCUGGACUCUACCGUCAGCUGUGACGUCACCACCCUUUCGCAGACUUCGCGCGGUCAACUGGGCAAGAGGGAACGCCUGGGGACUAAGCUGACUACCUCAUACAUUUCCUUUCUUUUUUUGUAGAUGAUUGAUGCUAAGAUGAUCAGAGACGUAGCCACAAAAUACAUCUAUGACCGCUGCCCUGCUGUUGUUGGAGUCGGUAAGUGCGGUUUGUUAGAUAAUAGGGAGUUUAAGCAGCGACGUUUUUGAGCGACGCACGUCAAUUGGAAGUAAGCCUUUCUCGCUGUUGAUAUGCCUUGACGCUACCAAAUCUAAAUUGCUAAAUGUUUUUACUCUUACAGAGACGAUUUGCCCUAGAAUUUGUUCAAAAUCACGGCCGUAGAAUUCAAAAAAUCUACUUCUGGUUGACGCGCGUCACUCAGAAACCUCGUUGCUUUUACUCCCUACUAAACAUUAAACCCAUUUUAAAAAGACAAAAUGAAAAUAUUGAAAGAAAUCCUUGCACUGUACUUGCUUGUUACCAUUUGUAGUGUCAUUCAUUGGUAAAUCUAGGGGAGCGGCAAACUGAAUAAGGACAAGUGACACACGUACACCAACACACUGCGUGGCCAGUACCUAACCCCUAUUUCACCCUGGCACCAGCAAUAUUGGAAAGCUGUUUCGUCCUUAUUAGGGCUCAUCAGCGUGGAAUACCCGAAUAAAUAGAAAAAUCAGUGACGAGUGUAUCAUAGGCCCUUGGAAACCAAUUAGUUAAGAGCUACUACCAUACAUUACAUGUGGGAGGUGUUGGCUGGGAACCGCAUGGUAGUUCUCCUACGGAAUGCGCUGGGAAGGAGGAUCAACUGUUGAUCUGUGUGAUGGGAGAGGGGCCCCGGAGCGGGGCCUCCCCUUUAUUUUUAGACCAAAAUGAAGUCCGCGGGGUAAAGAAAAAUUAUUUUUAAGGCCGGCCUCCCUCUUUUCUUGGGGUCUGGAUGAGCCGGCACGACCUACUUGAAGAUCCGAAUAUUCGCCCCUGUUAUAGCCUGCGAGAAAGCUGCCGUUCUGAGGAAUCGCGAGAAGUCACGCAUGAGCAGCACGCGAAAGGAGAUGCAAGGGGGUUGGGGGUGGGGCAAGGGUAGGCGACCUCGCCGCUUGUUCGCGCGUUCUCUCACUGUUCGCGCCAGAAAUGGUGAGCUUACUCGCAUGCUCCUCCGUACUGUUAUCAAUGUAAAGGAAAAAUUCUGUGUUCAGUUUUGGCUGUCCUGGUGUAAUUUUGAAAUUAGUGCAUUCAUUUCUUUUAGGGCCAAUAGAACAGCUGACGGAUUAUAACAGAAUUCGCGGAGGCAUGUACUGGUUGAGGCUUUAGACUGGCGAGCCUCCUGCCGUUAUUUCUCAUUGUUUCAACUGAAUAUUCUGUAAAAAAUCAAUGAACGCUUUUAUCGUUUGCGCUGUGUGCAAGUUUUGAUCUGCAAAAACUUCUGCAACGGUUAAAUGUUGUUAGGAUUCUUUUAAUAAAAUAUGUGGUCGUAGCUUC